CACACCUGCGCUUCAUCCUGUACUGGCACUCGGUGCACCGCAGUCGCACAGCCAAAACACAACUGAAUCAUUGUGUGAGCCAAACUUUGUAUCAACAAGACAACCGAGGAAGGCAGCGGGGAGUGGUAGAAAGGUGCGACUCUUCCACUUUCUCUUUGAGAUGCUGGAGGAUCCAAACAUGGCCCAUUGUGUGGCCUGGGUGCCAGCAGCUGCCGGCGUCUUUCGCUUUUCCUCCACCAACAAGGAUCAGGUGGCGACGCUGUGGGGGCAGAGAAAGGGGAACAAGAGGCCGAUGACGUACCAGAAGAUGUCCCGUGCCCUCAGGAACUACGCUCGCUCCGGAGAGAUCUUCAAGGUGAAGAAAAAGCUCACCUACCAGUUCAGCCAGAACACCCUAACACUACUGCGGAGGAACCACAGAGGACAGGUGUAACUCAGACUACAUGUUGUGCAUAUUUUGUGUGAUUUUUGUGUCUUUAAAAUUGUAAAAGUUUGUUUUCCCCCAUUUUUCUAACAUAUAAGCUUUUAUUUCA